AUGGCCAGUGCUGGUCAUGUGUACUCUGAAUACGCGACCAACUUCCUACAAGAUGCAGACUCCAAGUCAAACACGCACCAUGUCGUUGAAUUUGAUAGAAAUACCACAAGAUUCAGAGUGGAAGAGAUGGUCAAUCCCAGAGAAGUAUGUCCUACAGAAAAAUUUGUGGUUAGAUUAGAUGAAAGGUGGUGCGAUUGUGGAAAGUUUCAAAAAAUACAUCUGCCAUGUUCACAUGUUAUUGCAGCUUGCAAGCAUGCACAUCACGACUUUAGCAUGUACAUAAGUCCCCAUUAUAGGCUGGAUGUCAUCAUGAAAGUAUAUGACAAUUUAUUUGGCGAGUUAAGACAUGAAGAAUAUUGGCCACCAUACCAAGGGCCACAGGUUUGGCCUCAUCCUACCACAAAAAGGAGCGAGAAGGGUCGUCCUAAAUCAAGUAGAAUUAGGACUGAGAUGGACAUUAAGGAAGGAAGACAAUCAAAAAAGUGUUCCUUUUGUAGAACUGAAGGACACACAAGAAAUCAUUGUCCUAAUAACCCUGCACUUAGAUGA